UGCGUUUCAACAUGGCCCCUCGCAGCGGCUCUUCUCCGCCUCAUGGGCCUAGAGUGCUUACGACUCGGUGAAAUUUGAAAUUGAAAGGUGAUACCAGUCAUGUUCUCACUGCUUCCCUGGGUGAUCGUCUCCCUCUGUGCGACACGAGGAAACGGAGGAGACGUUACGCCUCACCUCUUCCAAGGGCAGUCGUAUGCCCUGGCCGCAUUUGGGGAUUUCAACGCCGACAAGUUCACGGACCUCUUCGUCCUCUCGGACGACGGGAAGACCGUGGAGAUCCUGUAUGCCGUUCCAGACGACGAGAUCAACAUGUUCAAGCGGAGCGGUGUGAAGUGCUCCUACGAGUUCCAAAUCACGAGUGUGGUGCCUGGGGAUUUCAAUGGAGACUUUCACUUGGACUUGCUCAUCACCAAGGUCCAAGAGGGAAUGCUUUCGCAUGCCUACAUUCUCUGGGGGGACAAGAAGGACUUGAACUGCUCCCUGUACGGUCCCAUCGUUCUCCACGACGAACCUCUUGUCAUGGAUUACAAUGGGGACAUGAUCCCCGAUCUCUUCUCGCAGAGUCCUGAUGGAAAUAGAACCUUUUGGGUCUUCAGUGAACACAUGAACUUUACCAAUCAAACUCUACCCGGAGGAAGCGAUCUCCCAAAUCUCCGCUUCCCCAGCUCCCAUGCGUUCGUGGACCUGAAUGCAGACACCUAUCCCGAUCUAUUUGUCACGUCGGGAAGCGAUAAGGAAUGGCAGUUUGAAGAAUACCACUCGGUGAAUGGAGUGUUCGAGCAUCAAACACCGUAUGAACCUCCCUCUUCGCUGGUCCACGUGGGCCAGUCGGCUUUCGGCGACGUGGGUCGAAACGGGACCAUCAAUCACCUGCUUCCUGCUUGUCUAGAUGAGCAUUGUAGGCAAUCGACUGUAUUCCUGUACUAUAAUGAUAUUUGGCACGACCUGAAAUUGAACUGUACGCGAGGAACGGAGCAGUGGGGCUUCGCAUACAGGCCCGGUCGGAGUUACAUCGACACCAUCACCAUCAGGCUUGGGGAUUACAGUCUGGAUGGCCAUGUGGACUUUCUGGCAACAUUGGAGAACAAGGACAAUCCUGGUAUCACAAAAGUGGUCCUCUUUGAGCACGUCCAGUGCGAGUCGUGCUUCCUUAAGGCUUCUUUCGUCCCCCAGUGGGACGAACUGGAUCGGUACGAGGGAGCAGUGAUGGGCACAUUUUUCGACCUGAACGAAAACGGACGCUUGGAUAUCAUCCUCGUCAAGCAGCUGCCACCAGACACGCAGAAUUUCAGUCUGGUGCUGCACCAAAACGAAGUGAAGACGAAAUACUUCCUGAAGGCCUCCGUCGGCAGUGGGAUUUGCAACCGCCGUUCCUCU